GAUUUGAUGGGACCUGUAACACAGCGCAUCUUAUGCUGGCAUGCCCUUGAAAAAUCACCUCGAGAUAAAGAAUUUUUACUUUUGUUUCGUUGUAGAAGAAAAACGUCUGCGUGAAACAGUAUAUCAUCUUCUUUAAACACGAACAGAUGACGAUUUUUAGAUAUUUUUAUUAUUUCUUAUCACUUGUUAAUAGGUUGUUCAAUAAGUUGAAAAACUGAUAUACGAUCGAGCUGGGAGCUUGGCAUCGAUUUGGCGUGCACUUAAGUAUAAACCAUAGAGUUGAGAUAGUGCUCUAUGGUGCAAACAGGCUCUCUCCAUUGGGACAAUGGUUUUUUCUUAGUUUGCAACAGAGUAAAGUAGCUUGUUGAGUAAAACUUAAUCGUGUAACCUGACGUCAUUUCUAGUAACAUUAAGUAUUAAACUUAUGUUACCAAAGAAAUGAGCUAUUAACUAGCCUGAGCUAAAGAAACGUUUGAAUACCAGUAGAGAUGGAAGUACAAUUGGAGAAACCAAAAAAACGAAGUUUGAAAGACAUUAAGAGAGGGAAUUUCUUUGAAAUCUGGGAAGUAGACGCUCCUGAGAAAACAAGUUUAAUAUGGUCGAUUAUGAUACCUUAUUUAUUGUCUUCAGCUGAAAUUGAAAACUUUGAGAAUAGUAUGCAGAUGCUUAUUGGUGAUAAUGAUGAAGUUCAACGCCUAAUGAAUAUAAUUAGUUCGAAGAAGAAAUUGAAUUCCAUAGAUAUACAGAGUCUGAUUCGAAGAAAAAAUCCUUUAGUAGACCAACAAGAACUAUAUACUGAGAAUGAUUUACAUAAUUUAAUGCGAAUAUUUAAAAAAAGAUUGGAUUUUCUUACGAAUGACUUGAGCAGAACAACGGGUAAGCAGUACAAUGAUUUUCUAAAACUUCAAGCAGCAGCAAAUGUUCUUAAACGCCAGAUAAAUCUCUUUGACGAAAAUAAUGUGUUAUUCAAAACAUUCAUUCCUGAUAACUUAAUAGAAGAACUUGUUAAAAAUGAAGAUUUAAUUCUUUUUGUGCGUUCUGUUGGUGAAACAAAUUCUUUUCGAUAUGGUGUGCGAAAUGACUAUGCUUUGUAUUCUAGAAAUAAAUAUUUAAAGCAUAUUUUGAAAUUAGCUAAAAUUCCUUCUGUUAAAAUUAAAAGCAUUUUUAAUCCACACCCUUCAAAGCAAUUACUUCUCCAGAUUCUACAAAGCCCUGCGCGAGAUAUUGUACAUCAUAUUUAUCAAUCAGCUUUCAUUUUGGAAACGUUAUCAUCUGCAGGAUACGAUAUGAAUCCAGAAUCAAAAGACAUCGAAGGUUUUUCAGCGUUUUAUCACUGUUUAAAAUACCAUGACUGGGCACUUUUUCUCGAACUCUAUAACUAUCCCACAAAAAGCAUACAUUUUUCAAAUAUAAUUGAAAAUGAUCAUGAUCACCAUUUCAAAGCAUUAGAAUCUUUUGAAGUUACAAUAACAAAUGAUUAUGAAAACAUGAAGAAAGAUUUGUCUGGCGGAUCUCUUCCUAUCCAGUCCUCGUAUGAACAAAUCCUUCCUUUCAUUUCAUUCCAUAAAGAUUUCCUGAAAAAAAAGAACAAUAUAAUGAAAGACCCUUAUUCAAGUAAUAGUGAUAAAGCUAAAAAGUUACUAACGUUAUUAAUAAAAGAAUACGACAGUCAUUUUUAUCUACACAAUAAUCCAACGCAUCAGUUUGAAGAAUACUUUUCAAAUUAUGCAUAUCAUGAAAUUCUAGAUGGUUAUAUUAUUUUGUGUUUCACUGAUUGUUUCAUGUCAUUAGGUAAAAUAGUUGAUGUGAAUAACCAAAAAUCAUUGGAAGAUGCUUUAAUAAAUUUAUUGAAGUAUUUCAGCACUAAAGUUUUUUUUGAGAAACUUGGGUUCAAACCGAGCAUUGGUAUUCCAGAAGAGAAAACUAUUCUUUUUGCAUAUUUUUGUGACAGAACACAUUGGAAGUCCUCCCUAGACGUUUUGCUGAAGACAUUAGUGUGUAGUUAUGUUGAUGAAAACAAGAAAACAACACAAUCUAUUCUUCAAACAUGCAUGGAAAAAUGUCCCCUUUUAAAGGAAGAGUAUGACAUUUUGAAUUUGGAUGUGCACUUCCAAAUUGCAGAUGCAGCUUAUCUUUUUGCAGACCAAUUAAAUUCUGAUCUUGUUGCCGAAAGAGCCUUGUAUAUGAUUGGGGAAACUAUUUGUAGCAUAACAGAUGAGUGCACGGUUACUCCAUUACUACGAUAUUAUCUGCCAUCAGACUUAGAAAAAGCUUUUUGUAAUUUGCGAAAUAAUUGUUUCGCUCAUUAUAAGGCAAGUACAAUCAAAGGGAGGGAAGCUAUCGAAAAAGGUUCAGAUUUAAAUGUUAUUCAAGAAGAGCUAAUGAUAUUGUAUUUUGUAAUUUCUCCAAUAUUUGCACUACAAUAUUAUCGAGUAGAACGAGAAGUCCUUGAAAACUGCGUUGAAGAUGAUAAUAUCUCCUGUACAACGCAGUCAUUAAAAUUUCAAAUUGUUGAGCAAUCGCUGGUAAUGGCAAAUAGAAUUGAACGAUCAAGAGAGCGUAUUUGUAGCUGUUAUAACGAUGAAUAUGUGCACCUACUCCAUAAAAUUCUUGAAUGUAUUUUGCAAGAAUUAAAAAGAAAGAAAUUAAUGAAAGUUAAAGAAUUACGAAUGCGCUUUGAGCACUUGAAAACUUUGCUCAAUUAUGAUAAACACAAUGUCAAAAUUUGGAACAUUUGUACUAAUUUAUUGCAGUUAGAUGUGCAAAUGCGUAAAAUCUUUGAACAAAAUGCUACAACUAUAGAGUCAGACAUUUCACAAAACAUGUCGAAUGAAAUUUUAAAUCUUAUUAAAAACAUUGAAAAAGAAAUUGAUUCUUACGAAUCCAGUAUAGCUCAAAACUCAAAGGAUAAGAAGAAGUUUCCGAGCUUUAAACCUUUAAUCUGCAUGAUGGGAAAGCAAAAAUUACUAGCUCCUUUUCAAGCAAACAAGAGAAAUGAUUUUCUUUUGUAUAUGUCAAAUACAGAGAAACAAAUAUUAACAACACAACUCUAUCAAGAUAUUAAACAAACUUUUCAAGAACUGGAAACUAAAAAAAUAACAAAAUGGAAAGAAUUAGAAAUUCGUUUCAAGGGUUUCCAAUCUACUUUUACAAUUUUAGAAGACGAAGUGAAAAGGAGGAAUAUUUUUCAUAGGUUAUCACAGUUAGUUAUGCAAGUGGAUGCAAUAUUUGAAAUACACACUACCGCCAUAAUGACAGACGUUUCACAGGACUUGGCGAAUGGUAUUUUAAAUAUUUUUAAGGACGUUGAAAAAAUAUUUGAUCCUUAUAAAUCUGGUAUAACACAAAAGAUUGAAAAUCAAUAUGAGUUUACAAACUUAAAAGAUUUAUUUAAUAAAAUAGAAAAGUAUGAAUUUUUUUCUCCCAGUGAAGCAGAAAAAAUAAGGGAUGAAUUUUCAAAGUUUUUGAAGAGACCAUUUGAAUCAAGACAACGAUUAAUCGAUCACUUAAACAGAAGAAUAUGUUUAACGACCGAGGAAAUGAAUGCAGACGUUAAAACUCUUUUCGUACCAAAGAAAUUAAGAGAAAAAAUAAGGAAGAGUUUGAAAAAAGAUCCGGCAAAAGCUUUGUUAAUGAUACAUGACAUAAAAGACACUGUGGAAGCAAUAUUGGGCAAAAAAGAAGAUACUAGUUAUAAAUUCAUGAAAAUUUUUUUGGAUGAUAUGUUUAUACGAAGAAUUAAAUUCCUUAACCUCCCUUUGAAUCUACAUGAAAAAAUAAGAAAUCUUCACUCCCAGAAGCUUGAUUUUGCGAUUGAAAGGCUUCAAUAUAUGAAACAAGUUCUAACUAAAGGCGACCAACACUUAUCUAAAUGGUUAGACAAUGAAAACAAGACAUUAAAAGAAGAAAACUACACGAAACAAUUAAUGGUGCAACGUUAUGCGAAUGAAAUAGGUACCAAAGCUGCGUUGGAAACUCUUUUAUUGGAUUAUCUUAAUAUAAUCCAUAGUAAUCGAGAGUUUGAUGAAAUGAAGCGGAAAUCUUCAUCUCUUUUUUGUGGUAUCAAUUUAAGAAACAUUUUGUCCCACCAAUGCCCAGUUGUGGAAGUUUCGAAUAAGGUUUUGGACGAUAAAAAUUUAGCCAAUGAAUUUAUAAACAAGGUUUACAUGUACUUGGAAGAUUUAAAAUCCUUGGUAGCCAUGUCAGAUUUCUACAAAAUCAUGAACUAUCCAAAGAAGAAAAAGUUUGAAGAACUCGUAAAUGAUGACACUCAAGAUGCAUACUCACAUUUUAGGGAAAACAUUAAAUCCUGCAAGAAAUGGAAACGUUAUUUAUUUUUACUUCCAGAAAAAUAACUUUAAAAUUUUAUCAUCUUCUUAAUUAUCUAAAUCAGGGCUUCUUAAAAUUUUAAUGUGGGUAUAAUAAUGUUAACAAAAAAAUUUAUGGAACCCCAAAAGCAUUGUGCAAAUCCAACUCGCGCGUGAAUGAAACUGUCAGUUUUUUCACUUUUACUGUAAUAUACUAUUGCGUUCAUCAACUUUAAUUUUUAAUUGUUUAAAAUUUGUAAGCAUAGAAAAGCUUACAAAUUUUAAACAAGUCACAAUUUAAAAUUAUAACUCAACAAUAAAAAUAAAUUCAGUUACUUGAGUAAAUUCACACAAUAACUUUAAUCUGUGAAUAUGUAGCCACUUGUAAGGUUAUUACCAACCAAACUUACUUACAUUGAGUAAAAAUAUUUGGUACUUGUAAAGUUAUUACAAUAAGUUAAAAAAAUAAAUCUUAACAUUUUAAAUGACCCCUUACCAAAAUAAAAGACCGAAAGAAGACUUGAAUAUCGAAGAUCAGCAACUUUUAAAAAAAGAGAGGGCGAUUUUAUUUGUUUGGUCAUACCACUGCAAUUUCCCUAUUUUAGUACAAAGGAUUACAUAAUCACACUAAAAUUAUCCAGCAUGAUAAUAUACAUUACCAUCAAAAUAAAAAUUUAUAUAUUUUGUCAUAUCUGCUAAAAAGGUAAAUUUUUGAGACGCAAAUUAAUAACACAUUAGAUUUUAAAUCAAUACCGGACAGUCUAUAAAUGAAAAUCAUAAUUUAUUUCUUGAUUAUUAUAUAGAGUUUUGUUUGAAUAUGGAUAAAAAUUAGGCAUAUUGCAUCAUCGGUACACGUGACCACUUGUAGUUCAUUGUACGGUUCCUUGAUAUUUUUACAUAGAUAAUAGAUAAAAAAUUAUACUUUUAUGUCCAGAUCAAUCUACAUUUGUUAGAGCAAACCAAUUCAGGAUGGAAGCACUCAUCAGGAUGACUGGUGCCAGCUUAGUUCAUAAGCCUGCAUGUUGCAUUGCUGAUUGGCCCGACAUCAUCAUAACUAGCUUCAUCCUUUUGGCCUCAAAACCAUAAGGACAAUUCAGGGCUUACAAUAUGGAAUCUUUUACCUCUGGUUACAUUACUUUUUUGCCUUUUUUUUUUUGCAUAUUUCUUGCCAUACAAUUUCAGCUUUUUCUUUUCAUCAACACCUCGGUAGUGAUUGAUGCCAAUUUCCAAAUUUUCAUAAUUGGAAACUUAUUUCUUAACAGUGUUGCCAACAGAUAAAAUUCAUAAAUUUAGAAUUAAUUCUUAAGUAAAAUUUAAAAUAUUAUUACUCAAAAUUAUAAUUAUAGUUCAGUUAUGUCAUGUAUAUUCUUAUGUUAUGUUAUGUAUACAAUUGUACAUUUAAAAUUUAUUGAUAUCAGAAAUACAUUGAAUUUAAGGAUACCGAUUGAUAUUGAAUUAAUAUUUAAAAUUUAAUAUUAGUAAACAAUUUAAACAUAUUUAGUUUCGUAUGCAAUAAGUUCUCAGCGAUUGCAUUUGAAGUUUAAUGUGUUUUUCAAAAUUAUAUACGUUUUCAACAAAUCAAUUUCCUUGAUAACGCAUGUAAGAUAUGAACUAUGCUCGUUUGAAUGAUGUUUAAUUUUAAUACGGUUAAAGCAUGUUUUAAAUUCUAUUUAUAUGCUUGUAAUUUGUAUGCUUUUGUGAAAAAUUACAUAUUUCUUAUUAUCUAUGGUAUUGGUAUUUUGUAUUCUUUUAAUAUUUAAGAUUGCAAUUUUUAACGGAUUUAAAUCAAAUUUGGUUUUGGUUAGUUUCUUGACAAAUCAAUGCUUAAUGUGUUAUCCUCGGUAUGAUGUUGUUGCAAACAUUUUGUAUUCUUAGUCAAUAUUUUAAAGAUUUUAACGAUCAGCUGUAUUUUUUAAUAAUUCUUUGACUUAAAUUUUCUUGUAACUAUGCAUAAUAUAUUUCUAUUCUCCUACAAACUGAAUUUUAAAUGGUUAUGAUUCUGUCUGAAUUGCUGCUGUGGAAAUUUAAAAAUAUCUUCCCUCAUUUUUAUGCUUGUGAAUUUUAUGUGUCAAGAAUUUUUGUAUUAAAAAUUAAGUACAUAAUAAAAGUAUUAUAAAAUAA